AUGAUGGGCUUGUCGCGUUCGCGGAGGCAAUCUCCCGAGUGCCUGAGUCCCACUCUACCGCCACCAUCCCCCCAGCCCUCCUCCGCCUUUGAGGACUUCUUCGAGAUCGAUUCCGCUCCCUCGAGGCCUAUGAGCGAAGCCUUCAUGUCCGGUACUUCAACACCCAACGGUGCCUUGGGCUCCCGACCGCCAACCUUGACCGAAAUCCUCCUCGAUGCCGCCUCGCCACCAUGGAGCCUCACUGCCUUUAUGGCUUACCUCUCCAACAACCACUGCAUGGAGAGCCUUGAAUUCACCCUCGACUCUCAACGCUAUACCGCCAUCUUCAAUGAGAUGAUUACCGAUAAUCCGAACCCAACUCAAGAGGACCACGAUCGUGUUUGUGCUUUGUGGGAGAAGCUUAUGCAAGUCUACAUCAUUCCGUGCGCCCCGAGGGAGGUCAACAUCCCCGCACGCAUCCGUGACGAGCUGCUCAACCUUCCUUGCGGCCCUGCUCCCCCGCAUCCAUCACAGUUGUCUGAAACAGGUCGGAUUCUCUACGAACUCAUGAACGAUUCACUACUGGUUCCCUUCCUCCAGUCUGUAGCUCCCAUGCAGCUUGAUGGGCCUUCAGAUGAACAUGCCCGUGGAUCCCGACGAUCUUCAAACAGCAACGGCCGCAUGGGCGCGCCAGUCCGAUCGAUGAAUUCGAUCCACCACAUUGAGUCCGACUCUAUGACCGAUGAUAGCGACUGCAACUCUCCCCCCGGCAUGGAGCCAAUGACUCCCCCGACAACCCCGCCCAUCUCAGAAUGGGGCUUCACCACCUCUCCUGGAGGUCGUGUCACAGACCUCGGUUGGAACCGCAACCCUGACCUCAGACAAGAUGGUGGUUCUAGGGACGGCACGGCCGCAAGACCGGAAUCUGCUCGAAACUGUGGGAAAACAACUCUUGUCCAGAAGAAUAUCAGGAUGAGAAGACGAAUUCCCAAGACUUCGGAGCCGAUGGCUUCCUUGCAGCCAACAAGUAUACCUACAUCGGACAGCGAUCAAGAAAGCAUGAUGUUUUGUUCGACACCCUUGAGCGACGUGUCCAACUACCUUCCAAGUCCCGUCCAUAGCAGUGAGGACAUGUCGUGCCCAACGACUUUGGAUAGCGAAUCAUUCCGCUAUGCAUCCCCUAUCCAGGACAUGUACGGAUGGGACGCUGAACUCGACCGACGGAACUUCACGCCCAGCCGUUCCUCUAUGGGUUCCAGUGAAGGAUGUGACGACAUCGCUCUCAGCUACAGACGGGCCAACGGCAGCAAAGCCAGCUUGCUCCAGCGAGUUUUCCGCGUUGGCUCGUCCUCUUCGAUGAGUAAGUACGAGACGGUGGUCUGA